GAAUGAUGCAUUUAUAGGGAGGACGUACCUUGCAGCAAUUGACCACAAUGCACAUAUGUUUCGAAAAGCAGCUGUAACCAAAAGUGGCCAACCAAAGUACAAUAAGGUGUACAGUAAACGAUCGAAAAACUGGAGAGUGGAUGAAGUAAAAGAACCAAAGAGCUACGAUUUUUGGCCCACACUUGCGACCAGAAUUCUGCAGAAGAAAAUCAAGGACCAGAUAAGUAUUCUGAGGGCAGUUCCUGUUCCAGAAGAUCAUCCAAAGAAUAUUGCCCCAUCCAUUGCCCUCAAACCAAUUCCUAAAACAAGCGAUCUUGUCCAGAGGGCACAAUCAAGGUUUGUGACAGAGCAGACCAAUAAAGAUGCUAUAAUGGGUGAAGGUCCGUCAACAUCAUAA